UCAUGGACUGUACAUGGUAAUGGCUGUGAUCUGUUCGUGCCAGCGAGCGGCUGUGGAGUCGGUCUGUGGCGGAGGCGUUUGAACCAGCUGGUUUGUUAGCGAAGGAGUGGAACUAUAAGGAAUAAGUGCUGGACGGCGCGGGCAGGAAGGAGUAGCGUGGGCAUCGACACGGUGACCUGGGAGGAAUGUAGAAGAUUUCCGAACAGGCUGGCUUAUUUUGGUGCUUUGCAGGUCAAUUGCAAAAGGCUGCAUAGUCAUCCCCAACGGGAAUGUGUCUUAUAAUUGGGAAAUACACGGAAUAAAUAACAGUGACAUUCCACCCAGAAGGACGAUAUAGGCAAGACUGAAGGAUCCCAGCAACGAAAGGAAUAGCGUGCGAUGGGCAUGAAAUUCUCGGCUGCAGCCGUCUGCAUGUACAGUGUGAAACGAUCUCACACAUAAUAACAGCACGCUGCGCACGCUCUCCAAUAGGCUUUAUGCAGUUGUGGAGUUUUUGCCUGAUGUGUUCGUCUUGACACUUUGUUCAUGCAAAUAUUCCUAUUAUCAAAAAUUGAAGCCUAUCGAAGUUGAAAAACCAGGAUAAAAGACCCCAAAGCUCCUAGGACAAGACAGAACCCAGGUUACAGACAGAAUGAUUGAGGAGUGUGGAAGAAGAGGGAAGACCAUGGCUGAGAAGAGGCAGCUAUUUAUGGAUAUGAGGGCUCAGAACUAUGACGUGAUCCGGCUGUCCACCUAUCGUACAGCGUGCAAACUGCGGUUUGUGCAAAAAAGAUGCAAUCUCCAUCUUGUAGAUAUAUGGAACAUGAUUGAAGCUUUUCGGGAUAAUGGCCUCAACACCUUAGACCACAGCACAGAAAUUAAUGUAUCUCGAUUAGAGACCAUCAUUUCAUCUAUCUAUUACCAGCUGAAUAAACGCCUGCCAACCACCCAUCAAAUCAGUGUGGAACAGUCCAUCAGCUUACUUCUCAAUUUCGUCAUAGCAGCAUAUGACAGUGAAGGGCAUGGGAAGUUGACCGUAUUCUCAGUUAAAGCCAUAUUGGCAACAAUGUGCGGAGGCAAGAUCUUGGACAAACUUCGGUACACUUUCUCACAAAUAUCUGACUCCAAUGGAAUAAUGAUGUACAUGAAGUUUGACCAGUUCCUGAGAGAGGUUUUGAAGUUGCCCACUGCUGUAUUUGAAGGCCCAUCUUUUGGCUACACAGAACAUGCUGUACGAGCCUGUUUCCCACAACAGAAAAAAAUUACUUUAAAUAUGUUUCUGGAUACAAUGAUGGGUGACCCUCCUCCACAGUGCCUGGUCUGGUUACCACUUAUGCAUCGACUUGCCAAUGUGGAAAAUGUUUUCCAUCCAGUGGAGUGCUCAUAUUGUCGCAGUGAGAGUAUGAUGGGUUUCCGCUACCGUUGUCAACAGUGCCACAACUACCAGCUUUGUCAGACUUGCUUUUGGCGGGGUUAUGCUAGUGGCUCCCACAGCAAUCAGCAUCAAAUGAAAGAACACUCCUCUUGGAAAUCACCGGCAAAGAAGUUGGGCCAUGCGAUUAGCAAAUCCCUUGGAUGUGUACCAAGUCGAGAGCCACCUCAUCCAAUAUAUCCCGAGAUGCCAGAGAAACCUCUAGAUUUGGCUCAUAUAGUCCCCCAACAACGAUCAUUGCCAAACAUGAACGAUGCCAUGGUAUCCCACUCGGUGGUUUCCUCUGGAGCACCGACUCCUACAAAAAGGUUACAGUACAGGCUGGACAUGGCUAACCAGCUGGCUGAUGAGCACGAUCUGAUAGCAGUCUAUGUGAGCCGGCUGCAGAAUGGCACACGUGUCCUGGACAGCCCGAGCAGACUGGAUGAAGAACACAGGCUGAUUGCCAGGUACGCAGCCAGGUUGGCUGCAGAAGCUGGAAACACACAGCGUUCAACUUCAGAAAUGACCUUCAACUUUGAUGCAAACAAGCAGCAGCGGCAACUAAUUGCUGAACUGGAAAAUAAAAACAGGGAGAUCCUGCAAGAAAUUCAGCGUCUCAGAUUGGAGCAUGAGCAGGCCUCCCAACAGACCCCAGAGAAAGCUCAGCAGAAUCCGACCUUACUGGCUGAACUGAGGCUACUGAGGCAAAGAAAAGACGAGCUAGAGCAGCGGAUGUCAGCCUUGCAAGAGAGUCGCCGUGAGCUGAUGGUACAGCUUGAAGGACUAAUGAAGCUGCUGAAGGAUGAGGAGCAGAAGCAGGCAGCUCAAGCAGCCGGUUCUCCUCGUUCGUCACCUAGUCAUGGUGCCAGCCGCCCCAUGCCAAUGCCUGUAAGGUCAACGUCUGCCUGUUCCACACCAACCCAUGGUCCUCAGGAUUCCUUGUCUGGGGUUGGCGGAGAUGUGCAAGAAGCUUUUGCACAAGGAACCCGCAGAAACUUGCGGAAUGAUUUGUUGGUGGCAGCUGAUUCCAUUACAAACACCAUGUCCUCGCUGGUCAAGGAACUCCAUUCAGCAGAUGAAGGGUGUGAAGAUGAGGAGGAAGCGGAGAACCUACAGAAUGGAAAAGAAAGGGGUUAAAGUGGAAAAUGGAAGGUGGAAUCUAAUUCAAGCACAGUGACUAUACGAAGAAACCAAUCAUAUUUGACUUUUGUUCAGCCAUUUGAACCACUCCCAGUCAGUUGUUGAGGACAUCAUCAUGUGAAUGUAAAAGAAAACAGAACAGCCUUCUACUGAACAAUAAACUUCCUGGUUUUACUCAUUGAAGGACGUUGGCACAGGAACACAUUCAUUUCUGUCUUCUAGAUCUGGUGCAUGCUUUAUUUUCUUCUUAAACAAAUUCUUACUUUUUUCUUGAUUAUGGAUUUGUUCAAAGAGUCUAGAUAUUAUUUUCUUAUGUAUAAAACGGUAGCAUUGGCAACUCAAUGCUGUAAAUGAACUACUGAAGCAGUGGAAUUAGUAUUGUGUCUUUUGCUGCUGUAUUUUUCAUAUCUGUCCUCUGACAAUUUAUACUUUGAAUUUGUCCUUCAGUGCUUGGAAUGCAUUUUUUCAUUUAAAUCUGCUGAGGGUAUAAUUAAGGGAAUUCUUUAUUACGUUGCCUAAAGCAGCUGGCAACAUUUUUAUAUUUCAGCAAUGCUGCUCUUGCUAUCUUGACAUUUCUCAGAUUUGAGUUCAAAUUAAUUUCUCUGAUAAAGGUAUCAUCUGUGGUAUCAUAAUCCACCAUUUGAUGAAAGUUUGCCCUUUAUAUGAAACUUCAUGAAUUCAUCUAUUUCUAUGCUUAGAUGCCAAGACCGAAGGCUACAGAAAGCAGAAGUGUCCGAGUUGGAAAUUGCUAAAAUCAUGUGCUGUGCAGGUGUAGUUUUCUCAUAUAACUGGAUGUAGUUAUUUCCAGCUGACUCAAAAGACCUGUUUUGUUAGCAAAUUGAAGGAGAAAUAGGAAAUGAAAACAGGUAAUUCUGAUUAGAGGGCACAUAUGGAAAGAGACGUAAAAUUUAAUUUUUAAGUUAAAGACCUUUUGUCUCUGAGUAUCCAGCAAUUUCUUAUUUUUAUUUCCGAUUUCCAUAAUCUGCAGUUUUUUACUUUCAUUUAUUGUUGGAAAUGCAGAACAACUUCUUAAGGAAUAAACAGGCAAUACAGAUGUGCCAUUUGAGCCAUCAUAAUCAACGUAAAAUCCUUUGUACUAUGGCCUCUGUUUAAAUAUCUUAACCCUUUGAGGAAGAGGCAUUUUCCCUUUACCAAAGAUAACUAACAAAAUUCAAAAUAUUUAUCUGAAUUUGCAUAGUAUUUAUUUCAGAUCAGCUUUUUCCGCCUUUGAUUGUAAUGAGAACAAUUCAUUAGAAUUAUUUAAAGCUGUGAUAUUGUUUAUGUUUCAACUGCAAUUCCAUUCCACAGACACUCAACUUUCAACAGCAAAUGAAAAUGGAAAGUGCCGGAAAGAUGCUGAAGAACAGGCAGCAUCUGUGGAAAGAGGAACAGUUAUUGUUUUCUCUUUACAUAGAAGCUCUCUGAGUGCUGAGUAAUUCUGGAAUUUUCUGAUUUUAUUAUUCAGCAUCUGCAAAUUUGCAACUUUCAUUUGUUCAAGAGAAAAAAUGUACUGUAUUUUAAUCUGAAAUUUUGAUUAAGUUUACGAAGUUGUUAUUUAUAUCCUCAAAUUCUAUGCCCAUGCUCUGAGAGAAAUAAAAUGGUGCAUCCUUGCUUGAUUUUAAAGUAAUAUAAAGCCUUGUUUCUUCAUCACUUCAAUUCAGCUGGAGAAAACAAGCCAGCAGGAGAAAUUUUAUAAGCCUAGUCUGUAUUUCUAGAAUAAGUGGCUUUCAAAGGCUAAGGCUGGCAUUUUUUUGGUAGGGUGGGCAAUUUUUCUGCAUUCAUAUUGCCACUGAAAUAUUUUCUAAUCAUUGGCUUUCUAUGAUAAGUUACCGUGAUUACCUAAGUUGCAGAAAAUCAAUUUAGAUUAAAUUUACAAGGAGCUUUAUACUCCACCUUUUCUUCUGUGUUGUCAGACUGCUUGAUAACUAGUUAUGAAAGAGCAGCAAUGUUUUUUGGAAAGACUCUCAUCUUCUUCCAUUCAUGCCUCAAAUGUUGGACCUUUCCCACCACCUUCACCAGCAAACCCACAAUACCCCAAACACACUUUCAAACAAGCCUCACUCCCUCUGUCUGCUUUUGAGAGCUAUGUUGUCAACCAACCAAGUGCAGCACUUUCAAGGGAGGGAAGUGUGUGACCUGAAAUUCACACCUUGUAAUGUUCUCUAACCUAGAGAUCCUCAUUAAAACCCACCACUUUAAGAAAGCUUUUAACUGGGACUUCUAAUACUGUCUUACUUAGGUUCAUUUUUGACUAAUUAUUCCUCCAUGAAUUGAUUUGUUAAGGACAUGAUGCAAAUCCAAUAGUUUUCAGUUCUGAUUUGAUUGGGUCACCAGGAUUUAAUUCCGGCACCAUCACGUGAGCUUGCUGUGGCUGGGAAUUGGUAUUGUUCACUUUACACGUACACCAAAAGCUCCAACUGUUACUUUAUUGAUCUCUUGAGAAAAACGGAGAGUUAAAAUCAAAGUAUAUUCCAAAGGCUGAAAGGUUGGUGGGAUAGAUUGAAAGAGCAUGAUAACUGUCACUGUACGCUCAGAUCUGCAUGACUAAUUGUUGCAAGGGUUUCUAUAUCUUUCAGAUGCUUUCUUUCUACUGUGUAGCUAAUAUAUUCCUCUGCAAGCAGAGGGGCUUUAAGAACACAAGCAGAGUUAGGUAGUGUUGUAGUUAGUUCAAUAUUGUUAAUAGAAAAUGAGUAACUUUAGAAGGGAUUCUGAAAUUUUAAAUGAGCUAGAAAAUCUGUAUAAUAGUAUUGUUAUAAGUGAGGUCAUUCUUCACAUUGAAAUCGGCCACUUGUAAAUUAUGCAAUUCUAAGUUAAUUUGUAUAGUAUCUUAAAUGUGUUGUGAGAUUGAAUUCAUGAUGUUUUACUAUUGUUAACCAGUUUUGUGUAACCCAAACUUGCCACCUGUGAACAAUGUCUCAAUGUUAUGCUGUUUUACAUUGCAUUGGCUUUCCCCUGACUGCUGAAAUAAGAAAGAUACAAAGAUAAAUAACCAGAUCAAAGAUUGUUUUUGAGAAUUUUAUUUUAUUUGUGCAAUUAAUGCCAGUUGUCAUCUUUCUAUUUAUUACGUUGUGCUGAUGUAAUGCUGCACAAAAAAUAUGGAGUCAUUAUCCUUCAUUCAAUCACAAAUAAAGUUGAAUCAUAUCUUUGAAAGUCAGUGCAUCGUGGACUUUAAUGUAUGAAAGAGUGGCAUUGAUAGCAAGCUUGAAGCAAAUAAAUAAGAAUAGUUAAAGUUGUAUCAAAAUCCAUAUAUCACAUAUACUGACACAAUUCAGUUUUAUGUUAACAAUAACAAAAUUCUCAAGGAUAGAGCUGUUAUUUUGGAGUUAUGACUUUUUCCACAUAACAACCUUUAAAUGUCUGCUGACAUAAUUCUUCUUGAUCUUCAAGGC